ACGUUCGGUAAGCUGCAUCACGAUAGGAAAUGACCUAUUAGUGGCGGAAGUGGUGCACUACGGAAGAGAGCGGUAGUGCUGUUGUUAUUUUCCUGGUGCGGAAUGAGUAACAUCGUGGACAGGUGAAUCUUCUAGAAACUGUCGCUCUAAAUAAACACCAAGGCUCUCCACAAUGUUGGAGUCUUACGUUACUCCACUUUUGAUGAGCUAUGUCGAUCGCUACAUUAAAAACCUGAAGCCAUCAGACCUGCAGUUGUCACUGUGGGGAGGAGAUGUGGUUCUCAGCAAACUGGAUCUAAAGCUGGAUGUCCUAGAGCAGGAACUUAAACUGCCUUUUACGUUCCUGAGUGGACACAUUCAUGAGCUGCGGAUCCAUGUGCCAUGGACAAAACUAGGUUCCGAACCAGUGGUCAUUACCAUCAACACCAUGGAGUGCAUUUUAAAACUUAAGGAAGGGGCCCAGGACGACCAUGAAAGUUGUGGCUCCAGCUCAACCAACCGCAGCACCACAGAGAGUGUUAAAUCAUUAGCCAAACCACGGAGGAUCCAACAGGCAGCCCCCACUGACCCAGACUUGCCACCGGGUUAUGUGCAAAGCCUCAUAAGACGAGUUGUGAACAAUGUUAAUAUUGUAGUAAACAACCUGAUCUUGAAGUAUGUGGAAGACGACAUAGUUCUGUCUGUAAACAUCACCUCCGCUGAAUGCUACACAGUUGACGAGUUCUGGGAUCGGGCGUUCAUGGAUAUCUCACCCUCUGAUCUGGUCCUAAGGAAGGUCAUUAAUUUUUCUGACUGCACCAUUUGCCUUGAUAAGAGGAAUGCAAGUGGGAAAAUUGAAUUCUACCAGGAUCCUCUGCUGUACAAGUGCUCCUUUCGAACACGCCUGCACUUUACUUACGAUAACAUCAACUCCAAGAUACCCUCUGUCAUAAAAAUUCAAGCACUUGUAGAAACCUUGAAGCUAUCUAUUACAGACCAGCAGCUACCAAUGUUUAUUCACAUUAUGGAGCUCGGCAUGGCUCUGUACUACGGUGAAAUAGGCAAUCAGAGAGGGGCAGAAAUGGAAGAGCAUGGUACACAUGCCAAAGAAACAGUUGUUAACAUGACAGGUGCUGAAGAUGAAACCGGACUUCAAGUGCAGCACACAUCCCAGUACCCACACCCAGACAUGUACCUGCAGCAAGGGAACGAUGAUGAGCAGGGCUGGGUUUCAUGGGCCUGGUCGUAUGUUCCAGCCAUCGUGAGCACUGGUGAUGAGUACGAUGGAGAGGAAUACUAUGAAGAGACUGAGGAUGGUGUACAGCAACGCAGACAGAAAUCGCAGACACCCAAGGAUCCCAUCAUUUCAAUAGGGUUCUACUGCACCAAAGCAUCUGUCACGUUUAAGCUCACUGAAAUGCAAACUGAAAGUAGUUAUUACAGCCCUCAGAAGGUAAAGUCCAAAGAAAUUCUCUGUUUGGAACAAGAAGGAAUGACAGUAGAGGUCCUUAUGAUGGGAGAACCAUUCUUUGACUGUCAGAUUGGUAUUGUGGGUUGUCGGGCUCUGUGCCUUAAGGGAAUCAUGGGUGUUAAAGACUUUGAAGAAAACACGAAUAGAUGUGAAGCAGAUGCUGUUUUCUUCCAGUGUGGUGAGAGUCUGAGCAGUAAAGGAAUGACCUACCUCACCAACUCCCUGUUCGAUUACAGGAGCCCAGAAAACAACGGUGUCCAGGCAGAAUUCAUUCUGGAAGCUGCACUUCACAAGGAGACUUACACAGAGAUAGCCGGUAUACAGCGCUUUGGUGCUUUCUACAUGGAUUACCUGUACACAAUGGAAAACACCAGUGGCAAAGUUUCAGGAAGUCAGCAAGAAUACUCCUCCAUAAGCAAAGAAGAAGAGCCGCCCAUUGUCCAGGAGAUGUCUGUGAAGCGUCUUGUUGUUGGUCCCCUGGAUAUUUGUUUUAAUAGUAGUGCUGUCCACAGAAUACUGAAAAUUGUAGCAUGUUCAUUGGAACAUGAAUAUGAAUCUUACAGCAAACCAAAUCCAGAUACCGUGGAUGAUAAAAGGAUGUUACCAAGUCCGGAGGAGGUGGCUGCUUUAGAAGAGUUCAUCCCAACUCGGCUCACUUGUGUUACUGUAUUGAACAUCACUAUCACGAUCCCCAUGGCUGAAUUCAACCUCCUGGACUGCCUGCUGCCAGUCAUCUUAGGCCAAAAGAAUUUCUCGUCCCCUGUGAACGCUCCUGCUUUUCAACCACUGCGACCCCUGCCUGCCCUCCGAAUACAAGUUGACAAGGUCAACCUGGAGCACUCUGUGCCAAUGUAUGCUGAUCAGCUCGUCAAUACUGUCAGCAGCCUCAGCCAGCCAUCUGAUAACCUCCUUCAUCACUGCUACGCACACUGCUACCUUAAGAUAUUUGGUUUCCAGGCAGGACUGACCUCCUUGGAUAGUGAAGGAUCAUUCCUCCCCUUAACUCCACUAGUUCCUUCUUUCAGCACUGCCCUCUAUGGAAAACUGCUCAGGCUACCUAUAUACUGGACCAAAAGGACUUUUGUUCCCAUAACAGAAUGUAUUUUUGAACUUCCAAACUUCACAAUACAGGCCACUCGGGCUCAGACACUUCUGCUGCAAGCGAUUUGCCAGAGCUGGACUCAUAACAUGGGAAAUGGAGCCUCUCCAGGGGUGAAUGAAGCUUUACUAAAUGAGGUCUACAAAGCAUCAGGUGUGAAAUCUCAGAAUCCACCGCCAACUCUCGAGGGCUCUAUCCAGAAUGUGGAAUUGAAGUACUGCAGCAAAUCAUUGGUCAAAUGUGCCUCUGGGACUGUGGGAUCAAUAAAAGUGUGUGCCAAAGCCCCAGGAUCAAGUGAAGCUGUGAAAGAGAAAUUGGUUCCCCUGAUCCAAGGUCCCUCAGACACUAAAGAACUCCACAUGAGCAAGUGGCUGAAUGAAAGCAGAAAGCCAGAGUCACUCCUCGCUCCAGACCUCCUUGCCUUCACUGUGCAGGUCCCUCAGCCAAUGGAACACUGUAAUAAUUCUGGUGCUGUGUUGCUGGCCAGUGUUCAGGGAAUUUCAGUCAAUGUGGACCCCAUCUUCUACACUUGGCUCCUCCACCAACCUCAAAAGGGAAGCAGCCGGCAUUCACAGACUGCAGGAGUCAUUCCUGUAACCUUGCCUGUGACCAAAAAGAAGGAGGAAGAGUUGUCAGUUGGCAGUGCGCCUUUGGCAAAACAGCUGUCAAACCAGGCCUCUGAGUAUGCUAGCAGCCCUGUCAAAACCAAAACGGUAACAGAAUCCCGUCCAUUGUCAUUACCAAUGAAAGUCAUGAACAGUGCAUCGGAAAGCUGUGUCAGCCCAGAGGAGAAAAUGAAAGAAUUCAUUGCACUUGUGUGGAAUGCUGUCAAACGUCUCACAUUGCAGUUGGAGCUGCAGUCCUGCUGUAUAUUUUUUCCAAAUGACAGCCUGCCGUCACCAAGCACUAUUGUAUCGGGUGACAUUCCUGGUACUGUGAGGAGCUGCUAUCAUAAUCAGACCCGAAUGCCCGGCACUCUAGUUGUAUGCCUGCCCCAAAUAAAGGUUAUGAGUGCUGGGCAUAAGUACAUGGAACCCCUACAAGAGAUUCCAUUUACAAUAUCGAAGCCUGUUCUUGAUGAAGGUGAUGCUUUUCCUUGGACAAUCAGUCUGAGCCAGUUCAGCGUGUACACACUACUUGGGCAGCAGAAGUCCUUCAGCCUGGUGGAGCCCAUGAGCUGCACUUCAACUCUGGCCGUCACCUCACAUAAGCUGCAGGCCUUGGGGCAUGAAUCCAGACACUCAUUUGUUGUCUGUCUCCAUGUGGACCUGGAAUCACUCGAGAUAAAAUGCUCUAACCCUCAGGUCCAGUUGCUGUAUGAGCUGUCUCACAGCAUCAAUACAACAUGGAGUAAGAUCCAGAAGAGAGGUAUUUUGCGGCAGCCUUCCAGCUACCCUGAGCCCACAAUGGGAGCUGUUCCUACUUCGCCAGUUAGAAGCAGCGUUGACACAGCACCGCCAGGCACCAGCACAUGCAGCCCGUCGGCUGAUUUCGGCACCCCCACUGAGGGCGAUUCAUUGCAAACUGGGGAUGACUCUCCAUUCUCAGAUUCUGCAACCUUAGAGCAAAAAACCACCAAUAUUGGUGGAGCAAGCGGUCGUGUCAGUCUGUGGAUGCAGUGGAUGUUGCCAAAAGUCACAAUAAAGCUAUUUUCACCAGAACAAGGAACAAAGGGAACAGAGAUCUGCGUAGUCAGUGAGCUGGAAGACCUGAGUGCAUCUGUGGAUGUCCAGGACGUUUACACAAAGGUCAAAUGUAAAGUAGGCAGCUUCAACGUUGAUCACUACAAGAGAAGCCUUGAGGAAGGCCAUCGGUCUCCGGGGCAUUUUGGAGGUGUCCUUCUUUCUUGUACUGACAAGCUGAACAGACGCACCUUGUUGGUUCGACCCAUCAGCAAGCAAGAUCCUUUCAGUCAUUUCUCUGGCUUUUUUCCUCCUACUGCCGCAAAAGUUUUAGAAGUCUCACACCAGCAGCAUGGAUUCCUUUCAGUGACAUAUACGAAAGCAGUAACAAAGAAUGUCAGGCACAAAUUGACAUCCAAGCACGAGAGGGGUUCACAGAGUCUGCAGAAGCUUUCUGAAGGUUUAGUGGAUAGCUCUCCUCAGUUCCUGCAUGAGAUCUUGUUGACGGCCCAGCCCUUUGACGUGGUGCUGUCCUGCCCGCUGCUGGCCACAGUGGGGAAUAUAUUCCAAGCCAAGCUACCCAAGAGGCACAAGGAUAAAGGGAAAUCAGUCGGGCAGCCAAUGAGGACACACAGCCUGACAUCACGCAGCCUCCCUCUAAUCUACAUCAACACCAACGUCAUACGGGUCUUCUUCCCCAAUGUGGAGGAGAGACAGCACCACACAGAAAGCCCCCUGAAAAAGGAAGAUACUUUGGUCCUUAAACUUGGCUCUGUCAGCAUGGCUCCACAAGCUGAUAACCCCUUAAGCAGAACUGCCCUUCGAAAAGACAUAUAUCAGAGGGCUUUGAAUCUGGGAAUACUGAGCGACCCAGGGUCAGAGGUAGAAGACAGACAGUACCAAAUAGACCUCCAGUCCAUCAAUAUCGGCACAGCGCAGUGGGAUCAGCUGAAGCCAGAGAAGGAAGGACUCAAGGGAGGCGUGCUUGUUGAAAGUGAGCGGAAUUCACAGAAUCCCGCCCUGGAGUGGAACAUGGCCAGCAGUAUUAGGCGCCACCAGGAAAGAAGAGCGAUUCUAACUCCAAUUCUGACUGAUUUCUCUGUGCGUCUAACUGCAGCUCCUGCAAUUAUCUUUACAAAGCAGGUGUCCCCGGAAAAUGCACAGAUUGAGGAGAUUGUAGUGUGUGGCCAUUCCUUGGAAGUGAACAUGACCACAAGCCUGGACUUCUUCCUCAGUGUGGCUCAAGUACAACUCCUCCAACAGCUCGUCAAGGCUAAUCUGCUGAGUCUGGAACCCCCUGACAGGGCCACCGAGGUCUCUAAACACGAGCAGAAAAAAAACGCCUCAAACAGGGGAGGAGGUGUGGACACUUCCUCCCGGCACAGCAGGGCCCAGGACAGCGGCUUCGGCAGCGAUAGUGCUCGGAUUCGAAUUGUUCAGAUCGAGCAGCUGAGCGGGGCCAGCCACCAUCGCAUCGCACGGCCCUUGCGCAAAUCUUCCAUUGUGAAAAACCUCAACUUCAUUCCUUUUGACAUAUUUGUCACAGCCAGUCGUGUCUCCCUCAUGACCUACUGUUGCACGACCGCAUCCAAACCUAGCGCUGCUUCACAAGAACAGAAAGAGUGCGAGAAAGUAGGCAAGAGUGCAUUGAAUAUGUCAGAUAAUGAGUCAGAUGUAACCCUAGAAAACCCAUCCAGCCAGCUGGGAAUUUCUGUACUGACUGCUGAUGAUCUCCUAAACAGUAACACAUCUUCGCUCAGCGGCAAGGCAGCUGGUAACCUGUCCCUGGAAAGCCUGCACACACCUAUCAGGUCUUCAGCCAGGCAUGCCCUAGGAGUGACCAUUGUGAGGCAACCAGGGCGCAGAGGCACCAGUGACCUGAUGCUGGAGCCACUCCUCUACCUGGUGGUUUCCCAGCCUUCCCUGCUGUUGAGCUGUCACCACAGAAAACAGAAACUGGCUCUCUCAGUGUUUGACACUGUGUUAAAAGGUGUAGCCAUGGACUACAAAUGUUCAGAUCCAGGGAAGAUGCUGCCGGAAGCUUUGGAUUACAACGUGUUUUGGUUGCAGACAGUAGCAGGCGAGGCUGAUGCAAAAACUGGCAUCCCACCUCCUCUCCUCUCCCUUCAGAUCAAAGACUUCCUGAACGGGCCAGCUGAAUUAAAUGUAGAACUAGCAAGACCACUAAAAAUGAACCCAACCCUGGUCAAACUGGAACAGAUGAAAGACUUCCUGAAGAAGAUUAUACCCGACUGUGACUCUGGUCUUAGCAAACAUUCACCCACCGACUCUAUUCCCUGUCAGGAGACAAGUACAACAGAGUUAUCUUCUGAAGUACAAGGCAGUAACCAGGAUCAGGCUAUUGUCGUCCAGGAGAUUCCAGGCCAAGACGAUGUUUGGAGAGCAAUGUCUUUUUUCCAGAACAUUUUUGUCCACACAUCCCAGAUCAUGGUUGUCAUGGAAACCAAGCCCCAUCCUUCAAGGCCUUGCCUAGUGAUGUCUGUUUCAAGUCUAACAAGCAGCCUGAAUAUAAACACGGGACCGAAAGGGACAGAAACGAUUCAAGCAGCUUCAUUUACCCUCGAAAUGAACGACCUGCUUGUUAAGACGAGCCUGAAAGACCGAAGCAGAGCCCUGAUCGGCCCGUUUUGCUGCGUGGUGGACCUGGAAGCGAAGUGGAGCAGACACAGUGGGAGCCCUGGCCCAGAGAAGUGCCUUCCCAAGCUUCUGAUCAACCUGAAAGGCGGACUGAUCCAGGUCUUUUGGGGACAAGAACAUUUGAACUGCUUGAUGCUUCUGAAAGGUCUUGUUCAAGAUUAUUUCCAGGAAAAAAGCGGGUUCCCCCCCGAGUCUGCAGGCCAGUGCCCACAACCACAAUCUCCCACUGCAAGGUACCAGGCACCGAAAACAGAGCACACUUCGGAUGAUCUGAGGACGGGCUUGUUCCAAUACAUUCAGGAUUCAGAAUCCCAAAAACUGCCUGGUACAUAUGAAGUGGUGUUUUACAAUGAAACUGAGGACAGCCCAGGGGUGAUGCUGUGGAGAUACCCUGAACCCAGAGUUCUGACCUUUGUUCGGAUCACUCCUGUGCCUUUCAACACCACAGAGGAUCCUGACAUCAGUACAGCUGACCUUGGAGAUGUCAUUCAGGUGCCUUGCAGCUUGGAGUACUGGGAUGAGCUCCAGCGGUCCUUUGUCCCUUACCGGGAGUUCAGCCUGUCUGAGAGCAAAUCCUGCGAGCUGCAGCUACCAAGCAUCAGCCUGGCCGGUGAGCAGAAGGAGCUUGUGGCCUCUGACCUGUGGAGGAUAGUCUUGAACAAUAGCCAGGACACAGCUGAUGAACAAAGCUCUGACAGCGAGUCUGGUUCUCAGAUCCCAUGUGACCAGCUGGUGUCUCCAACAGCUUUAGCAGCCUGUACCAGGGUGGACUCUUGUUUUGCUCCCUGGUUCGUGCCUUCGGCUGGUGUGUCUCUACAGCUGGCCCGUGUAGAACUCCACCUUUGUCAUCACCUAGAUCAACUAGGUGCAGUUCCUUCCAAGCGUCUCCGGCCAUUUAUUUCAGACAAGAAGCUGCCAACAGAACAGGAGUACUUGGUCCUGUCUCUGAAAGAGCCCAGAGUUUAUCUCCGACAAUGGAGCCCCGGCUCUGUGUGCAGAGAGCUUCAGUUCUCUGCUGAGCUGGACUGCAAGCUGCUUGAGUAUCGCAACCUGACCAUGCAGAGUUUAGUCAAGCCAUUCAUUCUCCAGGGACAGGUGGCUGCUUCCAGCAGCACAUCAGAGCAGCUGAUUGACGGCAAUGUGUUUGUGGAUCCCAUGUUUGUGAAUGUUGGGCAGUACACCGUUCAUUCCCUGGACACUGCAUUGCAGGCUUGGCAACAGAACCAUCAUCCAGAGGCAGAGGAGUUGGUCUUCAGCCACUUUGUGAUCUGUAACGACACACAUGAGACCCUGCGGUUUGGCCAGGUGGAUACUGAUGAAAAUGUGCUCUUGGCAAGUCUUCACAGUCACCAGUACAGCUGGCGCUCACACAAGUCCCCACAGCUGCUUCACAUCUGCAUCGAAGGCUGGGGAAAUUGGCGAUGGUCCGAGCCUUUCAAUGUGGACAAUGUGGGGACAUUCAUCAGAACUAUCCAGUACAAGGGCAGGACAGCAUCACUCAUCAUCAAGGUCCAGCCGCUUAAUGGAGUGCAGAAGCAAAUCAUUAUUUGUGGCCGGCAAAUCAUGUGUAGCUACCUGAGCCGGGACAUUGAGUUAAGAGUCGUGCAGCACUACGUUGGGCCGGAUGGGCAGACUGUGGUGAAGGAGCAUGUCGACUGCCUGGCUGUCAGAUUGAAGACGCCCUCCUAUGUUUUGGAAAACACAGAAUUGACAGAGCUUUGUGUUAGAGCGAGAGGGGAUGAUGAGUGGUCAAGGGAUGUACAUCUGGAGUCCUGUGAACAUGACAGCAGCACCAUAGUCCAGGUGCCAUGUUCCAAUGGCAUGCUUCUUUAUGUGUGGUGUACAGUCAUGACCCUAGAGCCAGAUUCUCAAGUACAACAAAGAAUGGUUGUUUUUAGUCCGCUCUUCAUCAUGAGGAGUCAUCUCCCUGACCCUGUUAUUAUUCACAUUGAGAAGAGGAGUCUGGGGCAGAAAGAGUCACAGCUAAUCCCUGGCCAAGGACAAGAGGAGACACUUCUCAAUGUAGAAUCAGAUCUGAUGCACCACUUGACUUUCCAAGCAAGGGAGGAAGACGAUGCCUCUCAGUGUGCUGUCCCCAUCUCCACUGCUCUUAUAAAGCAAAUUGUUACCAAGACGCAAGGCACUGGGACUCAGGCUCAGAUUCUCUCAGACUUCUACACAGCAGACUCCUCUUCCCACCUUCCAUGGCCUUACAUCAAGAAGGACUCAUACAGGAGCACUGUGGAGCAGCUGGCUCAGUGGGACAGCCCAAUGCAGGUGAAACUCUCAGCCUGGAAGCCCUGUCUGAACACACUCCUCAUUGAGCUGCUGCCCUGGGCUCUCCUUGUCAACCAGUCCAAGUGGGACCUGUGGCUCUUCGAAGGAGAGAAGAUAGUCUUGCAGAUCCCAGCUGGCAAAGUUAUCAUACCUCCCAAUUUCAAGGAGCCCUUUCAAAUUGGAAUCUAUUGGGCAAACACCAACACAGUGCAUAAGUCCACUGCAAUUAAACUGGCGCAUGACUUCACCUCCCCAAAGUGGAAGGAUGACACUGGAGCGGAGUUGCUCUCGCUGGAUGAGGAGGGAUUUGUUGAUGCUGAAAUCAAACUGGGGGCCUUCCCAGGACAUCAGAAAUUGUGCCAGUUCUGCAUUUCUUCAGUGGUGAGGCACGGGAUUCAGAUCCUGCAGAUUGAAGACAGGACCAUUUUAGUCAACAACACUCCAUACCAGAUCUAUUGCAGACCCAUCUUGUCUGCUGUAGAACUAAGCACAAGAGAUGAGCCUGUGAACAUGCCAGACAGCGCUAUGUUCAGCCUCAGCCCAGCUGGGAGCCAAACCUCUUCACAGCCCAGUUCUGUUCCAUGUUGGGACCUGCUCACUGACACCCGAUGCUCAGAUGUCGAAGCCCCACUUCCCAGCAAACAAAUGCUGCUGAGCUUCUCUCCUGGAGCUGGGGCGGACAGUGCGAGCGGCCAGAGCUGCUGGAGCCUGCCAGCUGGGAUUAGGCAAGAUUUUCCAAGGCAAAGCGUUGCCGUGCCUAUCCAACCCUGCAGCGAGAGCGGAUUCUGUACCAGAGCCAUUGUCCUGACAUACCAAGAACACCUGGGGGUGACCUACAUGACUCUGACCGAAGACCCCUGUCCUCGCAUGAUAAUCAACAGCAAGUGCCCAGUCCCACUCGUGAUGAAAGAGAAUAUAAAAGAUAUUCCCAAGACCAAGGUGUACUGCAGACCCAUCCCUGCAGAGUCCUCCCUGCACCACGAACUGUACCACCACCUCUCCAGCUUUCCAGACUGCAAGAAUAAAGACACUUUACCCAGCAUUCUCUUGAAAUUGGAGUCCUCAGAGGAAACUGGAGAGGAGUGGAGCGAUGCCAUUGACAUCAACAGCCCUGGAACCCAGGUUGUGUUUGUGCCCGGCUAUGGGUGUGUGUACAUAGAUACCAUCCACCUCUGCGGUACAGUAACUAUCACCCUGGCCCCUGAGGGAAAAGCAGGGGUGACCCUCACCAGCCUCCACAGAACAGUGAAACAGACCAUUGCAUUCAGGGUACUCUUAUGUGAGGCCAGCCUCGUAGUGCACGAUGACAUCACAAACCACAAGGCCUCUACGGAACUGCUGCGACUGACCCUGUCCAAGAUCCUGCUGAACAUGGCUCCAGCUCAGGGGCUGGGGGCAGAGGCCAGGGAGGGGCUGCCUGAGCUCUACACUGUGGAGGUGUACUGCGCCAGUCUGCAGGGGGACAAUCAGCUCUACAACAGAUCAAGCUUUCACUUCCCAGUCUUGCUCUGCCAGGAGCAGAAAGCAGACACUCUGCAGUGGUCCCGGGAUUCCAACCCAACAGUGUCUGUCAGGGAUCUAGAGGAAUAUAAACACAGCUGCUUUUUGCAACUUUGCCUCUCCUUGUCUGAAACACGGGACAGUGGCUUGGGUGUCGACCAAGUGACUUUUGAGAUAAAGCCAGCAAGGCUGUAUGUGGAAGAUACAUUUUUCUAUUACAUAAAGACUUUGUUUUACACAUAUAUCCCUGACAGGGCACUGAGCAAAAAGCCAGUGAAGACACUUAGCUCUUUAGGUGCCCUGGUGCUGCCUGAGCAGGUAGAACAGUCCAUUCAAGCCCUGGUAAACCCAGUAAAGCUGCAGAAGUUGACAAUCCAGCCGGUCAACCUAUUAGUCAGUAUCCACGCCUCCCUAAAGCUUUACAUUGCCUCUGACCAUACACCUUUGUCCUUUUCCUUGUUUGAAAGAGGACUCAUCUACACUACUGCCAGACAACUUAUCCAUGCAUUGGCAAUGCAUUAUGCUGCUGGGGCCCUUUUCCGUGCAGGCUGGGUUGUUGGGUCUCUGGAAAUCCUGGGCAGCCCCGCGAGUCUGGUGAGGAGUAUAGGUAACGGCAUUGCUGACUUCUUCAGGCUCCCCUACGAGGGGCUGACCCGUGGCCCUGGAGCCUUUGUCAGUGGAGUCUCCCGAGGGACAACUUCCUUUGUUAAACACAUAUCCAAAGGCACUCUGACGUCGAUCACGAACCUGGCCACCAGCCUGGCAAGGAAUAUGGACCGCCUGUCUCUGGAUGAGGAGCAUUACCACCGGCAGGAGGAGUGGAGGAGGCAGCUCCCUGAGAGCCUGGGGGACGGCCUGCGUCAGGGACUCUCCCGCCUCGGCAUCAGCCUGCUCGGGGCCAUUGCUGGUAUUGUGGACCAGCCGAUGCAAAACUUUCAGAAAACUUCAGAGACACACGGAUCUGCUGGAAGCAAAGCCAAAGGAGUGAUCUCGGGUGUGGGGAAAGGAAUCGUGGGAGUGUUUACUAAACCUAUCGGAGGAGCAGCUGAGCUGGUCUCACAGACAGGAUUCGGUAUUUUACAUGGGGCUGGACUUUGUCAGCUUCCCAAACAGCUCUAUCUUCCCAACGAACUACAGGCUGCUGAGGCUCCAAACAGCCACAUCAAAUACAUCUGGAAAAUGCUGCAGUCGCUGGGGAGGCCAGAGAUGUGCAUGGCUCUGGAUGUCACCAUUGUGAGUGGCUCGGGGCAGGAGCACGAGGGCUGCCUGCUGCUCACCUCCGAGGUGCUGUUUGUGGUCAGCCUCAGUGAAGACACGCAGCAGCAGGCGUUUCCUGUCACCGAAAUCGAGUGUUCUCAAGACACUGCCCAGGACAACCUGCUCAAAGUCAUACUGAAGCAACAGAGAGUGCCGUGUGAAUUAGAGGCUGAGGGCGUAAGAGAAAGACUGUCGGAGCAGCAGUACAACAGGAUUGUGGACUAUGUCACAAAAAUAUCUCACCACGUUUUACACAGCAGCUCUUCUGUGCAAUUACAAUCUCCAGUAGUGGCUGCUGAACCCCCACCUACUACCGUCAAGACUUACAAAUAUCUUGUGGACUCGCAUUUUGCUCGUGUGUUUGUGAGCAAGUUUGUUAUGGUGAAAAACAAAGCACUAAGAAAAGGUUUUCACUAAAACACACCCAUAGUUUCCAGUACAAUUUCCAGUAAAGUUAAGAAUUUCUUGUUUUUCUAGUUUAAACCAGUUUUUUUAUUUUGUUAAAAAUGUGUAUGCAAUCACAAAUGUUACUACAUAGCCAAAUACAACAUUCUAAUUCAGUAUUGGUGUUUUUCGGUUUAAGUAUGAUGUAGUAAUUUAUGUUAAAAAUUGUAUUUACGCAUACAGUAUAUGCAAGUUACUGGAAGUCAAGCACAUAUUGUGUCAGUAUAAUUCAUUUAUCCAACCUGUCAAUAAUAAUAGUAAUAGUUAGCACAGUCAUUUUACUAAAUAAAAGUACAAAUAACUAUUUAGACUUAUUAGAUUUAAAUUCAUAUUUUAUAUUCAGCUCAGCCUUGUACUGACAAAUAUGUAAAAAUAAGCAGUGCUUCCAGUUUUAUGUAAGCUUUAUAAACUCAUGAUUUUAUUUGCAUUUGAUCUGAAAAGGGGAUUAAAGAGCAAAAUAUUUAACGCUAAUAAAAUAUAACAAUUAAAAAUC